CUUCGGCUUCGCGCGGGUUUCGUGCUCUGGUUUUGCUCCCGGAAAAAACCGGGAAAUUUUGUAAUAGAAAAAAAAAAGAAAAAAAUCCUUUCGAAGUUCUCAUAGUUUGUACGAGCCACGAAGGGAAUCGUAUUCUCUCUCCGCCGUAAUAAUCCAGUGAGCAACCACCGCCGAGAGAUUUUGGAAUUUGGACUUUCUGAUAUUAUUGGAUAAUUUUGGGAUAACGACUGCUACAGCGUUUUAGGGUUCUGUCAUGGCGGGAUCUUCUUCAAAAGAGGAGCUCGUCCAGCUGAUCAAGCGGUUUGGGAGUAAUCUUAGCGUCAAAUUGUCCAGUUUGUUCUCCAUAUUGUUUCAAAGCCGGAAUUUGCGGUCUCUCAGUGCUAUUGCGGGUUUUGCUCUUGCUGUAAUCUUCUCAUGGAAACUGUUAAAACCUCCUAGUGGACAUCAUAGAAGGCAACCAAAAAGGCAAACUUCUGCAACAAGUAAUUCUGACAGCACAACAAGUUCACAAUUGAUAACUUCUAGAACUUGUUCCCCUUCAGAUGAUUCUGGUGCACAAAACUUUGACAAUGAACUUUACCAGCCAGUGAAGCCAACUUUGGGGCAAAUUGUUAGACAGAAACUUGGCGGUGGAAGAAAGGUAACUUGUCGUCUACUUGGAAUAAUUUUGGAGGAACAUAGUCCGGAAGAGCUGCAGGUUAAUGAAGCAACUGUGAGGUCCUCUGUCGUGGAUGUUCUUUUAGAGAUCACAAAACAUUGUGAUCUCUAUCUGAUGGAAAGAGUUCUUGAUGAGGAUAGCGAGAGAAAGGUUAUUAUGGCUCUGGAAGGUGCUGGCGUUUUCACAUCAGGUGGCUUGAUCAAAGAUAAGGUUCUCUUCUGUAGUACAGAAAAUGGGAGGACAUCUUUUGUUCGGCAACUAGAACCUGAUUGGCAUAUUGACUCGGAUCCUGAAAUCGUUUCUCAAUUAGCGAGAUUCAUCAACUGUCAGCUUCACAUAUCUCAAGUCAAGCCGCCGGACCGGACAUCCUCCAAUGUUUUGUCUUCGGCAUCACUGGAGCAGUUCUUUCUAUCCUCAUGACACAAGAUCAGCAGAAGUAUCCAUGUAUAAUUUCUUUCCUCCAAUUGCGUUCCUCUUUAGAUUUGAUGUGCAUUACUUCCUGCCAACAAUAUCUCCGAUUUGGGAAAUGCUUGGUUUUCGUUUUAUCUUGCAAAAUGCCCAUUGUGCAUCUAUUUAAUAAGGGACUGGGUCUUCCAAUCACCCCCUCAAGGGAAAAAUAAGUGCUUAGGCAUAUGGAUAUCAACUGGGUAAACGGGAUGGAGAAUCCUAGGGUAGGGUCCGUUUACUUUCCAGUUUGAGCUGGUGGCUUAGACUUCAGAAACAUCAACUUUUCGAGUGUCGCUUUUUUUAAGCCCACCCACCAGAUUGUAGUAACCUUUAAUUUUGAGAAGCAUUUUUAUCAUGUAAUGUAAAUGAGCAGUUUUUUUAGCUCAACUAGUCGAACUUCUGAGUUCUAGAGAGGUACGAAAAAUGGAUAUUUGUGGCAGCUGGUGACUGUUAUUGCCUACUGGAGAAUAAUUCAUCAGCUCGUUCUCUUUUGUCAGAAUGUAGAGAAAUGAAGUGAAUCAUGAAAUGAGACAUUUGUGAAUUAUAUUCUA